AUGGCAGCUGCGCGGCUGCAGAGAGGCUCCUGCUGCAGCCUAGGCGGCGGCUGGAUACAGGAUCCUGUAGGGGGCGGCGUGGGAGAGAGGUCCGCUUGCGACCUAAGGCCAAACCCUCAGGAGUCCUGUCUUCAGGACUUGCUUGAGCCGACUUCCACCGAUGGAGGGAGAGCACGAGGGAGCCUGCUGGGGUCUCAGGACUCCUCUUUGAAUCACAUCUUGGACCCCUCCGGGACAAUGAGCUCCUGUGGGGCUUUUGUCCUUGGCUGCAGUGCGGUCAUCUUGAUCCUAAAAAAGAGGCCACUCAGGAUGGGGAUGAGAUUUCAAUUGCACCAGGACCGACGCAUCUCCUCACGCGGUCGAAGCCUUCACACAGCCAAAGUGGUACCUGGGCGAAAACGAUUGACAGCCGGCCACAGGACCCAGGCAGAGAUGCAGAAAGAGGCUUACCAAAGACAGGCCGACAUGCGAGAGAUCGCUUUGUGGUGCGCAGGGCAUAUUCGUCCAAAGACACACUCGCACACAGGACACACACAAACGGACAGAGAGAGGGAAAGAAACACACAGACAGUGAGAGACACAGAGAGAAGAGAGAAUGGGAGACACACACACGCGCGCACACACACACACAAACACACACACACAGAGUCAUACAGCAGUGGCACAGAAACACACUCCCCCAGGCAACCCCUGAGGCUGCUGGGUUCUGCUCCGGAUGAGAACGACCCUCGGCUGAGAGAGCAGCCCAGGGGCACGCAGGCCGACCUGUCCUUGAGAUUCCGGGGCAUGACUUUUGGGGAGACUCAUCCGAACACCGUCCGGGCAGGCCUGAAGCUGGGAUGCCUUGCUGUUUCCCCUGAAUCCGCCCGUGGUCUCGUCAUCCUGGUCGGCCCUUUGCGACUCCUGGCAUUUGGAGACGUUCCUGUCGAUCCCGUGGAGAGGUCAGCCGACACCGCCUUCCAGGACACGUGCAAAUACAGAGGCGAUUCUGAAGUGAGGCCAAUGCGAUCAAGCGUGGCACUGGCGUAUGCCAGAGCAGAUAGUGUGAAUGUGUGUCACCGGAGGCAUAUGGGGCAACAGCGAAACCAACAAUGGUGUCCAGGCAUGUGUCCGGUGGAAGGGGGAUCAAGUGACCUUUCCAUCAAUGCCAAGGAAAAUCAAAGAACACAUGGGAACCAGGAGAGGGCCUAUGCCUGA